AGGAUGUCCCAGAUGUGGAUGCUGAGAUGGGUCGUCCUACUGGUGGGGUUACAGCUGAUACAAGCAGGCUUUAUGGAGGAUUAUGGAGUAAUGGGAGAUUCUAGUGAUUUGAUUAUGUGGCCAACAACAACAGCAACAUCAGGCUAUUUUGUUCCAGUUCAUGCCAGUAACCAUGUCAACAACAUCUGUAGCAUGUGGGGAAAAUUCCACUUCAAGACGUUCGAUGGGGACUUUUACCAGUUCCCAGGCACAUGCGAGUAUAACCUGGUGUCUGACUGCCAAAGCCUCAUUCGCCAGUUCUCAGUUUACGUGAAGAGAACAGAACACACUAGCAGCCCAAAGAUCACCAGAGUCCUGGUUACCAUCAAUGAUAUCACCUUCGAAAUUACCGCAAACCAGGUCAUAGUCAAUGGAGAAAAUAAAUCGUUGCCCGUGCAUGUCUCAGGGAUUCUUGUGGAAGAGAACACAAUUUACACGAGACUCCAUUCAAAAAUGGGCAUCACAGUCAUGUGGAACAAAGAGGAUGCAGUCAUGGUGGAGUUGGACUCCAAAUAUUCAAACCACACCUGUGGAUUGUGUGGCGAUUUCAAUGGGGCUCCAGUUUAUAAUGAGUUUAUUCAAUCAGAAUUAGGAUAUGAACGACAGGUAGGCUACAUUGAGUUUGGGAACAAGCACAAAGUUCCCAACCCAGUGGUGGACUGCAAAAAUCCCUCUGAAGAAGAUGAUGAGCAGAAUUUAGUAGACCAAUCUGAAAAACAUCGGGCAGAUUGUGAAGACCUUUUGAAAGAUGCAGACUGGCUCUCCUGUACCGAGAUUUUGAACCCUGAGCCAUAUAUCAAGGCCUGUAUGAAUGAUAUGUGCUUGUAUCAGCCUGAAGACACUGACAACUCCACGCUCUGUGCGACUUUGUCUGAAUAUUCACGUCAGUGUUCCCACGCUGGGGGAACUCCGCCAACCUGGAGAAGAGCUGACUUCUGCGCUGUGACGUGCCCAUACAAUAUGGUACAUUCUGAAAGUGGCUCUCCCUGUAUGGACACAUGCUCGCACAAAGACACAAACACACUGUGUGAGCAACACAACACCGACGGCUGCUUCUGCCCACCAGGAACUGUGUUUGAUGAAAUUGCAAACAUGGGCUGCAUCCCGGUGGAAGAGUGUCAGUGCAAGCAUGACCACAUCAUUUACAGCCCAGGAGAGGUUCUCAACACACGCAACGAGGAAUGUAUAUGUAAGGAGGGAAGCUGGAUCUGUGUGAGUAUUCCCAGCCCUGGCCUGUGCUCCAUAGAGGAAGGAUCUCACUUCACCACCUUUGACGGGAAAGAAUUCACUUUCCAUGGAGACUGCAACUAUGUGCUCUCAAAAGACUUAGAGUCAAAGUUCAUCAUACUGGGUCAGAUUGUUCCUUGUGUUACCCUUAAUACUGACACCUGCUUGAAAUCUAUAGAAGUGAUGUUUAACAAUGACAAAAACCAUCGUCUAGUGAUUAAAGCUGAUGGCACAGUUCAACACAAUGCAAUAAUUUCACUUCCUUACAUGACAGCUGACUUCAUGGUGUUCAUGCCAUCUUCGUUUCACAUCAUGCUUCAGACCACCUUUGGGCUGCAGGUGCAGAUACAACUGGUGCCUCUCAUGCAGGUGUACAUCACCGUAGACCAAAACUUCCAGGGCAAGACUUGUGGUCUUUGUGGAAAUUUUAAUGAAAUGCUGGCAGAUGAUCUGAAGACUCCUCAGGGAGUGGUGGAGGGUACAGCGGUUUCCUUUGCAAACGCCUGGAAGGCCCAGGCCAACUGCCCCGACCGUACCGAGAGACUAGACGACCCCUGUUCCUACAGCAGUGACAGCAAGUACUUCGCUGAGCACUGGUGUUCCCAGAUGAAGAAAAAGGAGAGCCUUUUUGUCCAAUGUCACGCCACUGUCAAUCCAGACAGCUACUACAAAAGAUGCAAAUACUCCAGCUGUACCUGUGAGAAGAGUGAGGAGUGUCUGUGUGCGGUGUUCUCCUCGUACGCCCGAGCCUGUGCAGCUAAAGGAAUAAUCCUCCAUGGCUGGAGAGAAAUCGUGUGUGACAAGUAUACAGAGAAUUGCCCGGCCUCGCAGAACUACUCCUAUGAGCUGCAGAGCUGUCAGCGUACCUGUCUGUCUCUCGCCUCUGAGCGCCAAAGCUGCAGCCUUGACUUUGUGCCCGUUGAUGGAUGCACAUGUCCGGAUGGACUCUACCAGGAUGAGAAUGGACUGUGUGUACCUAUGGAAAAAUGCCCAUGUUACAACAAUGGAGUAACAGUCCAACCUGGCACAUCUAUCAACAUUAAGAAUGAACACUGUGUUUGUGUGAAUGGAACAUUCCGCUGUCUGUCCUGGAAACUUCCAAUUGUGGAGUGUUCUCCUCCAAAGGUUUUCUUCAACUGCAGUACAGCACGUCCAGAUGAACAUGGAUUGUUGUGUGCACAGACUUGUUUGCAAAAGGAAAUUGAUUGUUUCUCGCAGGACUGUGAAUCUGGCUGCCAGUGUCCUGCAGGUCUACUUGAUGAUGGCAGAGGAAACUGUGUUAAACCUUAUGACUGUCCAUGUCCUCACAACGGACAGUUUUAUGCACCAGGGACUGAGAUAACCGUAGACUGCAAUAACUGCACUUGUCAACACGGAACAUGGACAUGCACAAAAAAUAUCUGUCCAGGCGUCUGCACAAUAUAUGGAAGUGGACAUUAUAAAACUUUUGAUCAGCAGAGAUUUGGCUUUAGGGGAGAGUGCAGUUAUAUAGCAGCUCAGGACAAAUGUGGUAAUAAGACAGGAAUUUUUCAUGUAAUCACUGAGAAUAUUCCUUGUGGAACAACAGGGACAACAUGCUCAAAGGCUGUUAUCAUCCUUUUGGGGAGAACUAAGCUAGAGCUUUAUGGUGGGACUGUAACAGCCUUUGACACUGAAAGUGGCCCACAGAUCAAUUACAAUAUGGAAAAAAUUGGGAUGUACCUUGUAAUUGAUGCUGACAUCGGAUUGACGAUUUUGUGGGACCGCAAAACAACUGUCCGCAUCAUUCUGCAACCUCAACACAUGGGAGGCGUUUGUGGACUAUGUGGAAAUUUCAAUGGGAAUGGAAAAGAUGACUUCACUACUCAAGGCAGUUUGCAAACCACAGAUAUAAUGGAGUUUGUCGACAGCUGGAAAGUGUUAGGCACCUGCCCUGAUGCUGCACCAGACUUUGACCCAUGCUUUAAGAACCUUGAACGAGAGCCAUGGGCAAAACUACAAUGUAGCAUCGUAAAGGACCCUGCAGGGGCAUUCAAACAUUGCCAUAACAAGGUGGAUCCAAACCCAUAUUAUGAGAACUGUGUAAAGGACUCAUGUGCAUGUGACACAGGUGGAGAUUGUGAGUGCUUCUGUACAGCUGUUGCAGCUUAUGCUCAAGCCUGCAUUGAGGCAGGUGUUUGUGUGGACUGGAGAACCCCAGAGAUGUGCCCUGUGUACUGUGACUACUACAAUAAACCAGAAAGAUGCACAUGGCAUUAUAAUCCUUGUGGUCUACCUUGCUACAAAACCUGUCGCAAACCUCUUGGGAUCUGCAAUAACGCUUUACCCAACCUGGAAGGAUGUUAUCCAAAAUGUCCAAAGGACAAACCCAUUUUUGAUGAGCAAAAUCAGGUCUGUGUGAAGGAGUGUAUUCCCACAUGCUAUGUCAAUGGAAUUGAGUACAAGCCUGAAGAGAGUAUACCAACUGAUAAGUCCUGUCAUGAGUGCAUCUGUAAAGAACAUGGCAAUAUACAAUGUUUUCAAACACCUGGGUGCUGUAAUUAUGGUGGAAAACAAUAUGGCCACAACGACACCAUUUACAACAUUAAGGAUGACAUGGGAAUGUGCUAUUAUGCAGUUUGUAUAAAUGCCACUGUGAUCACAUCACAGAAACCCUGCACAACACCACCUACUCCUACGCUACAUGUGUCAACAGAAACUCCACCUGUUACUAUUACAAGUACUAGCACAACACCUUCAACAUUUACAACCGCUUCCACUACUACAACUUCCACUACGCCACCUGAGUCAACAGAAACAUCAACUGUAACUAGUACAAGUACUAGCACAACACCUUCGACAUUUACAACCACCUCCACUACUACAACUACUCCUACACCACCUGUGUCAACAGAAACGCCACCUGUAACUAGUACGAGUACUAGCACAACACCUUCAACAUUUACAACCACUUCCACUACUACAACUACUCCUAUGCCACCUGAGUCAACAGAAACGCCCCCUGUAACUAGUACAAGUACUAGCACAACCCCUUCGACAUUUACAACCUCGUCCACUACUACAACUUCCACUACGCCACCUGAGUCAACAGAAACAUCACCUGUAAUUAGUACAAGUACUAGCACAACACCUUCGACAUUUACAACCACCUCCACUACUACAACUACUCCUACACCACCUGUGUCAACAGAAACGCCACCUGUAACUAGUACGAGUACUAGCACAACACCUUCAACAUUUACAACCACUUCCACUACUACAACUACUCCUAUGCCACCUGAGUCAACAGAAACGCCCCCUGUAACUAGUACAAGUACUAGCACAACACCUUCAACAUUUACAACCACUUCCACUACUACAACUUCCACUACGCCACCUGAGUCAACAGAAACAUCACCUGUAACUAGUACAAGUACUAGCACAACACCUUCGACAUUUACAACCACCUCCACUACUACAACUACUCCUAUGCCACCUGAGUCAACAGAAACGCCCCCUGUAACUAGUACAAGUACUAGCACAACACCUUCGACAUUUACAACCUCGUCCACUACUACAACUUCCACUACGCCACCUGAGUCAACAGAAACAUCACCUGUAAUUAGUACAAGUACUAGCACAACACCUUCGACAUUUACAACCACCUCCACUACUACAACUACUCCUACACCACCUGUGUCAACAGAACGCCACCUUACAAGUACUAGCACAACACCUUCAACAUUUACAACCACUUCCACUACUACAACUUCCACUACGCCACCUGAGUCAACAGAAACAUCACCUGUAACUAGUACAAGUACUAGCACAACACCUUCGACAUUUACAACCACCUCCACUACUACAACUACUCCUAUGCCACCUGAGUCAACAGAAACGCCCCCUGUAACUAGUACAAGUACUAGCACAACACCUUCGACAUUUACAACCUCCUCCACUACAGAUACUCCUAUGCCACCAACGGAAACGCCACCUGUAACUAGUACGAGUACUAGCACAACACCUUCAACAUUUACAACCACUUCCACUACUACAACUACUCCUAUGUCACCUGAGUCAACAGAAACGCCCCCUGUAACUAGUACGAGUACCACAACUACUCCUACACCACCUGAGUCAACAGAAACGCCACCUGUAACUAGUACAACUUCUAGCACAACACCAUCGACAUUUACAACCUCCUCCACUCCUACAACUACUCCUACGCCACCAACAGAAACACCACCUGUAACUAGUACGAGUACUAGCACAACACCUUCAACAUUUACAACCACUUACACAACUACAACUACUCCCACGCCACCUGAGUCAACAGAAACGCCCCCUGUAACUAGUACAAGUACUAGCACAACACCUUCGACAUUUACAACCUCGUCCACUACUACAACUACUCCUAUGCCACCUGAGUCAACAGAAACGCCACCUGUAACUAGUACAACUUCUAGCACAACACCUUCGACAUUUACAACCUCCUCCACUACAGCUACUCCUAUGCCACCAACAGAAACGCCACCUGUAACUAGUACGAGUACUAGCACAACACCUUCAACAUUUACAACCACUUCCACUACUACAACUACUCCUAUGCCACCUGAGUCAACAGAAACGCCCCCUGUAACUAGUACAAGUACUAGCACAACACCUUCGACAUUUACAACCUCGUCCACUACUACAACUACUCCUAUGCCACCUGAGUCAAUAGAAACGCCACCUGUGACUAGUACGAGUACCACAACUACUCCUACACCACCUGAGUCAACAGAAACGCCCCCUGUAACUAGUACAAGUACUAGCACAACACCUUCAACAUUUACAACCUCGUCCACUACUACAACUACUCCUACACCACCUGACUACUCCUAUGCCACCAACAGAACGCCACCUGUAACUAGUACGAGUACUAGCACAACACCUUCAACAUUUACAACCACUUCCACUACUACAACUACUCCUAUGCCACCUGAGUCAACAGAAACGCCCCCUGUAACUAGUACAAGUACUAGCACAACACCUUCGACAUUUACAACCUCGUCCACUACUACAACUACUCCUAUGCCACCUGAGUCAAUAGAAACGCCACCUGUGACUAGUACGAGUACCACAACUACUCCUACACCACCUGAGUCAACAGAAACGCCCCCUGUAACUAGUACAAGUACUAGCACAACACCUUCAACAUUUACAACCUCGUCCACUACUACAACUACUCCUACACCACCUGAGUCAACAGAAACGCCACCUGUAACUAGUACAACUUCUAGCACAACACCAUCGACAUUUAUAACCUCCUCCACUCCUACAACUACUCCUACGCCACCAACAGAAACGCCACCUGUAACUAGUACGAGUACUAGCACGACACCUUCAACAUUUACAACUACUCCCACGCCACCUGAGUCAACAGAAACGCCCCCUGUAACUAGUACAAGUACUAGCACAACACCUUCGACAUUUACAACCUCGUCCACUACUACAACUACUCCUAUGCCACCUGAGUCAACAGAAACGCCACCUGUAACUAGUACAACUUCUAGCACAACACCAUCGACAUUUACAACCUCCUCCACUCCUACAACUACUCCUCGCCACCAACAGAACGCCACCUGUAACUAUACAAGUACUAGCACAACACCUUCGACAUUUACAACCUCGUCCACUACUACAACUACUCCUACGCCACCUGGGUCAACAGAAACGCCCCCUGUAACUAGUACAAGUACUAGCACAACACCUUCAACAUUUACAACCACUUCCACUACUACAACUACUCCUACACCACCUGAGUCAACAGAAACGCCACCUGUAACUAGUACAACUUCUAGCACAACACCAUCGACAUUUAUAACCUCCUCCACUCCUACAACUACUCCUACGCCACCAACAGAAACGCCCCCUGUAACUAGUACGAGUACUAGCACGACACCUUCAACAUUUACAACUACUCCCACGCCACCUGAGUCAACAGAAACGCCCCCUGUAACUAGUACAAGUACUAGCACAACACCUUCGACAUUUACAACCUCGUCCACUACUACAACUACUCCUAUGCCACCUGAGUCAACAGAAACGCCACCUGUAACUAGUACAACUUCUAGCACAACACCAUCGACAUUUACAACCUCCUCCACUCCUACAACUACUCCUACGCCACCAACAGAAACGCCACCUGUAACUAGUACGAGUACUAGCACGACACCUUCAACAUUUACAACCACUUACACAACUACAACUACUCCCACGCCACCUGAGUCAACAGAAACGCCACCUGUAAUUAGUACAGGUACUAGCACAACACCUUCGACAUUUACAACCUCGUCCACCACAACUACUCCUAUGCCACCAACAGAAACGCCACCUGUAACUAGUACGAGUACUAGCACAACACCUUCAACAUUUACAACCACUUCCACUACUACAACUACUCCUAUGCCACCUGAGUCAACAGAAACGCCCCCUGUAACUAGUACAAGUACUAGCACAACACCUUCGACAUUUACAACCUCGUCCACUACUACAACUACUCCUACGCCACCUGGGUCAACAGAAACGCCCCCUGUAACUAGUACAAGUACUAGCACAACACCUUCGACAUUUACAACCACUUCCACUACUACAACUACUCCUAUGCCACCUGAGUCAACAGAACCGCCACCUGUGACUAGCACGAGUACUACAACUAUUCCUACGCCACCUGGGUCAACAGAAACGCCACCUGUAACAAGUACAAGCACAACACUUUCGACAUUUACAACUUCUUCCACUACUACAACUACUCCUACGCCACCUGUGUCAACAGAAACGCCACCUCUAACUAGUAUAAGAACUAGCACAACACCUUCAACAUUUACAAACACUUCCACUACUACAAAACGUCCCCCUUUGGAAUAUCCACAAACUGUUAAAACAACUGCUCCUACACCAUUUGCACCUACACCUAUAAGUACUCCACUAUGUUUUUGUGUAGUUCAAGGAAGACAAUAUAAGCCUGGAGAGUCAAUAUUGGAUCAGAAGCACAUUGGCUCAGGGAUUUGUCUGACCAUGAUCUGCUCCAUAAGCUGUGCAAUUCAGAACAGCACUGAGCCAUGUCCAUCACCUAGACCUCCUCCACAAUAUGACUGUCCUAAAUGGAACAAAAAUACUAACGAGACCUUCAGCAUAUCUGACUGCUCCAUGGCAAAGUGCAUAAAGGGAGACGUCAUCGAGAUUGUACCUUUGCAAUGUCCUCUGCUCCAGAACAUCACCUGUGAAAAUUAUCAGCCAACAGUGCUGGUCUAUGAUAAGUGCCAAUAUUGCCAGAAAUACGCCUGUGAUUGCUUUUGUCAAGGCUGGGGUAACUCACAUUACAUCACAUUUGAUGGACUCUUAUACAGUUAUCAAGGAAAGUGCACUUAUAUAUUAAUGGAGGAAAUUAGGCCUCGAUACCAUUUGAAGAUCUACAUUGAUAAUAGCUACUGUGACAUUGGUGAGCGUGCAUCUUGUCCCAGAUCUAUUUCUGUGUCUUACAGUGAUCAAGUAAUCACACUUAGGAAUCACGUUGGAGGUGCAGGUUUAGAGGCUCUGAAGGACAAUGUUAAGCUAACACUGCCAUAUGCUCACAAUGGUGUGAAAGUAAUAAGCUCAGGACUAGACGACUUGUUCCUGAGUAUUCCAGAGCUGAAUGUUGAUUUAACAUUCAGAGCCCUUGGCUUUAGCAUCAAUCUGCCAUUCCAGCAUUUUGGAAACAACACACAAGGCCACUGUGGAACAUGCAACAACAACCAGGCUGAUGACUGCAUGAUUCCUGGAGGGAUCUUGGUCAAUGACUGUGAAGUGAUGGCGGAUUACUGGCCAGCCAGUGGUGUGAAUGGCAAAAAUUGCCAACCAACUCCAAAAUUCCCAGUCUUGAAUAUAUCCCCACCCACACCAAAGACACCAUGCCGAGCCCAGUCUGAAUGCAACCUUCUCGAGAGCAAGCUGUUCGAAGCAUGUCAUUCCCACGUGCCCCCUAAAAACUUCUUUUUAGCUUGUCAGUUGGAUAGUUGUAAUACGAACAACCCCAUGGUGUGUGCCAGUCUUCAGAGCUAUGCAAGUGCUUGCUCCCAGGUCGGAGUCUGCAUACACUGGAGGAACUACACUAAACAUUGCAACAUUAAAUGUCCAGAAAAUAAAAUCUUUUUGCCUUGUGGUCCAUCUGAACCACCAGCGUGUAGAGAUGGGCCUAUGCAGAGCACCAAAACAGUGCCCACAGAAGGCUGUUUCUGCCCUGAGAACACAAUACUCUUCAACAAGGAGUCAGGAUUAUGUGUGCCAAAAUGUGGAUGCUUGGACCCAUCUGGGACACCACGUGAGUAUGAUGAGCAUUUUAGGUACAACUGUGAGGACUGUGUCUGUGAUAGGGCAAGCCAAUCAGUGUUCUGUAAGCCCAAGAAGUGUCCUGAUGUAAAUCCUGAGAUCUGCACUAAGCCUGGCUUUGUGCUGGUCAACAUCACCGAUCCCUCAGACCCAUGCUGCAGGAAACAAGUUUGCAAUUGUGCCAUUGACAUGUGCCCAAGUGGAUCAUGUACACAGGGGUCCUGCAUUUAUGAUGCACCAGACAAAACCAGACAUGUUCUCAAGGGUGGAGAGGAGUACAAGUACAAAUGUGAAACUGUUACAUGCCAUCAAAUGAAUGGCUCAUUUGUGAUUGAGAAGAGCAACAUGGAAUGUCCUUACUUGAGUUCAGAGGACUGUGGGCCUGGGUUUAAAUAUGAGAAAAAAGUCAGAGAGUGCUGUGGAACAUGUACACAAGUGGCCUGUAUUUAUGAUGCACCAGACAAAACCAGACAUGUUCUCAAGGAUGGAGAAGUUGACAGUUACAAAUGUGAAACUGUUACCUGUCAUAAAUAUAAUGGCUCGUUUGUGACAGAGAAAACCAAAACAGAAUGUCCUUACUUCAGUUCAUUUGAUUGUGGGCCUGGGUAUAAUUAUGUUCAAAAAGGAGAGUGCUGUGGAUCAUGUAGACAAGUGGCCUGUAUUUAUGAUGCACCAGACAAAACCAGACACGUUCUCGAGGAUGGGAAGGAGUACAAUUUUAAAUGUAUGAAUGCUACCUGUCUGAAAAGGAAUGGCAUGUUUAUGACAAUGGAGAGCUAUAAGCAAUGCCCGCCCUUUAAUCCAGAUGACUGUGUGCCUGGAACCGUGAGAUUUGACAAAGAUGGAUGCUGCCAGAUCUGUGAAACCAGCAACUGUGUUCUUGAGAAGAACGUCAUCCGUCUGCAGGUGAAAGAUUGCACUUCCAUCAAGGAUGUAGAAGUUACAUCCUGCACUGGCCACUGUGACGACGGAUCAAGGUAUUCGAUGGAAAAGAACAUCAUGAUGCACAACUGUUCUUGCUGCCAGGAGGAGAAAUUCAGCCAACGACAGGUGAUGCUGAAAUGUGCCAACAGCAGCGAAAUCCUUCAUAACUACAUUUAUGUUGAGAGCUGCAGAUGCACUCCUACCAAGUGUGAAGAAGACACUGAAAAAAAGAACCUUGUACAAUCCCUGGAACCCUACUGGCAACAUCCGAAUAUGAGACAAAAGAUAGCAAAACUGUACAAAGAUUACUAUUUGAGGGAACAAUUUAGUGGACAGCACUAAAAUUAUGGUAAAAUCUGUGCAUUUCAUUAACUGACAUAAUGCAAAUAUUCCACCUAAAGUAACACAAUCUAUUUUGUACCUGUGUAAUAUACUGAUAGCCACAAUAAUUAUACAGGUAACAGGCAAAAUGCGAUUUAUGGGAAUGUCAGUUUAUGGUUUUUCACUGUAAAUGAUAAAAAGACCAUAGUUUUCACGUACAUUUAAAAGUAUUUUACAGAUGAUCCAGUACAGUUUUUCGCUAUUUAUAGUAAAGGAACAUUAAUCAAUUACCAGGUUUUACCAUAUCAUUUUUAUACCCUUUUACUUUUAAAAAAUACAAUGUUAAAAACAGCAUAGAGCAUCUGUGGAUAAAAAGAUCCUGCUUGCCUUCUGUUGAUCUGUCACGCGAAGAAAGCAAAAAAUGUAAAAUAUAUAACCAAAAUUGACAAUGAUGAUUUAAACUGAUUGUUGUAGUGCAUUAAUGGCUUUUGUUUUCUCUUGUUUUUUGAUUGAUUUAGGGUUAUAGUUACGAUAAUCAAUGUAUUUAUUUCUUGAAGGGGCCGUUAAAAAAUAUUUAGACUUUUUAGUAAUGCAUGAUAUAAUGAUGUAUUUUUCCUUUCAAUGAAAUGAAUUAAAAUCACAAUAAAGCAUAAUAAUGAGCAUAAAUUACAGUCUCCUGGAUCAUCCCCCAGCCAGCCUACAUACAUUGAUACUACAAAGCAUUGGUGUAUUAACUGUGUGGAGAAACUCAUUUUGACUGUGCAUAUUUUAUGCGUCAGUAACAUCAUCCUCUGCAGUACCUACAUCUCACCAUAAGAGGUCACUGUACUCAACCUAAUGAAAGGUACAGUUUUCUUCAGUCAUUUUUGCAUAUUCUGUUGACACAGUUCUCUUGAAACAAAUCCUCGCAUGUUCUUAGUAUUACAGAAAAUCAUUGCAGUGUGUGGCAUGUAAUUCAACUGUCAUGUCCAAGAGCUGUGUAAUUAGGUACAUUAUUUCAAAAUAAACCCCUUUAAACUUUACAUUAUUACUUAAUUAACACAUUAUUGAUUUUUCAGGUAACAUUUAUUAAAGUACAACAAAACGUUGAUGUUUUGGUUCUCUAUUGAUUACAUAAAGACUUAGCACUUCCUUAACAUUUGUGUAGAUUUACGAAAAUUUAACACGACUCUUACUUCAAAAUCUCCAGCCAGAUAUUUUGAUCCAUAUCACAUUUCUCAAGCUUGUAAGUGUGAAUGCUGAAGUCAUACCAUCAGAAUCUCUGGAGGCUUCUUCUACUGCUUGAAAAAGACUCACUUUGUCCGAGGUCAUGCUUUAGUCAUGGAGACAACAUCCAUCCUCAAAAGCUCGAGCUA